GUUAUGUGGCUAUAUGACGGAGUCUAUACAACAUAUUUUCUUCAUGUGUCCUUUUACCUUGGCAGUGUGGAUAUGGUGCGGGUGUUUUGGGGAACGAGGUUUACUUUAAUUGUGUGUCAUGUGCCCAUCACUCAUGCGACCAAACCAUGGUGUCAUCAUCAUCACAAUACAUUAUACAACAUUUUACAGCAGCUACGGGUUGCCGAAAGCUAGAGGGGACAGCAAAGAAUAUUUAUGCCACGGGAAAAGUGGCAAUGGCGGUGGUUGAUCACGAUCAGGUGGGAUUGGGAGUGGGAGGAGGACCCUUGGCUGCCUCUGCUGCUGCAUUGUCCAAUAAUGCUAAUCUGCAAAAGGGUUGCUUUGUUAUGUGGCAAAUGCUACCUAACAAAUGGCUUAUUGAGCUAGCUGUUGCAGGUCAAAAAGUUGUGGCUGGUAGUGAUGGUGAUUUGGCUUGGCGCCAUACCCCUUGGCUAGGCGUUCAUGCUGCUAAAGGUGGCUCUCGCCCUCUUCGCCGUUCUUUCCAGGGACUGGACCCAAUGGCUAUAGCAACUAUCUUCUCCCAGGCAGAAUACAUGGGAGAAAAAGAAAUCUUUGGAGUUGAUUGCUUUGUCCUAAAACUGUCUGCCAAUCACGCAGACUUAGCCGAACGCAGCGACAACACGGCAGAGAUGAUCAAGCACGCAGUUUUUGGCUACUUUAGCCAAAGGAGUGGAUUGCUGAUAUACUUGGAGGACUCGUACUUGACCAGAAUACAGUCGCCAGGCUCACUCCCAACGUAUUGGGAAACCACAAUGGCAACAAAAAUGGAAGAUUAUCGCAGCGUAGAGGGAGUGAAGAUCGCACAUUCAGGUCAAUCAACUGUGGUCAUCACAAGAUUUGGAGACAAUUUGAAGAUUGGCCCUGCCUUCACGAGGAUGGAAGAAAUAUGGACCAUUGAUGAUCUUGCUUUUAAUGUCCCUGGCCUUUCUGUAGAUUGCUUCAUUUCUCCUAAAGAACUACAGAAAGACUAUCCAGAGGAGAACUUAGACUGGAGAUCACCAUUGCAUCAAUGACAAUCAUCAAUUAUUUUCUAUAA